AUGCUCUUCUCAACCAUUCUACUUCUAACCAUUCUUGGUCUAACAUCAUCGGCAAUCACUGGUCCACUAUCAACGGAUUUUCAGACUUGGUUGAAGAGUAACGGAUACGGCUCCUAUGACUUUGUCCGUAGCGAUUAUGGAACCAAAGGAAGUUAUGGAGGAUUCACAACAAAAUUCCCAAAAUCCACCAAAACCCCUGUUAUUUUCUUGCACGGAAACUCGGACAGUGCAUUGAAAACCUCUUCAAUGGCAACUGGAUGGGAUAACUCUAUCACUUACUUCACAUCAAAGGGAUACACACAAGCUGAACUAUACGCCACUUCAUGGCAAGAUAACAGUGCAGCAAAAGCCUCAACACGGACUCACAACUGCAAGGAUCUGACACGUCUCCGUAAAUUCUUUGAAGCUGUUCUCGCAUAUACUGGAGCCGCCAAAGUGUCAGUUAUUAGUCACAGUAUGGGAGUUACUCUUGGAAGAAAAGUAGUGAAUGGAGGAACAAUCACCGCGUCUGAUGGAAACUGCGAUUUGGGAGAUUCUAUCCGCGACAAGAUCGAUGUUUUUGUUGGAAUUGCUGGAGCUAACUACGGUCUCUGCAGUUGUGCUGGAACCAUCGGACUCUUUGCUGCUACAUGUAAUAAGAAGAACGGAUUCUGGCCAGGAGAUUCAUGCGGUUCUCAUACCUCGGCGUAUUGUGGAUUGUCAGCCAUUCCGUGUAAUGGAGUGUCUACAUAUUCUAACCUCCUCGAUUCAAUGAACAAUUCAAAUCUAAAAGAUGGAUCAUAUGUGUUCAGUAUGUGGAGUAAAGCCGAUGAUCUAAUUGGAAACAGCGACAUCGUAUGGGGCCGUCCAACUUCUCUCAUCCCAUUGAGCGACGGAAAGAUCAUUUACGAUUCGUUCAGUCAUAUGCAAAGCAAGGAAAACACCGCACCAGAUCAAUAUAAAUUGGUUGUUUCGAAAGCUGUAUGA